AUGUUACCAGGCAAAAGAGAUAAAACACAUGACAAAUUGAGUGGAGUAAAAAUACAUAAUAGUAACAGUAAUAGUAGUAACGUGGGUAGUACUAAUAUUAGAGAUAAUAAUAUCAGAAGUUGUAAUAUCGGAAGUAGUAAUAUCGGAAUUAGUAAUAUCGGAAUUAGUAAUAUCGGAAUUAGUAAUAUCGGAAUUAGUAAUAUCGGAAUUAGUAAUAUCGGAAGUAGUAAUAUCAGAAGUAGCAAUAUCAGAAGUAGUCAUAUCAGAAGUAGUAUUAUUAAUAGAAGUAAUAUCAAAUCUGCGGAAGUGCAUAGGGGCAAAAUUAAGGGGAAGAAGGAAAAUUUAGAAAAAAAAACUAAAGGCACUAGUUCAAACGAGGGAAAGAAGGACAAUGAAACUUUUGUGGAGUGUGUUAUAAAGGACAAAAAAGAAAGAGAAAAAAUAUUACUACAAUGUGAAGAGUUGCAAAGAAAAGAACUGGAAGCUUUAAAAUUGAUUUAUGUUCGAGAUAAAGAAUUAAAUAUAAAAAAUGAAAAUAAUAAAGAAAGUGAUACAAUAAUAUAUAUGCAAUUAAAUGAUGAAAAUAUUUCAGAUAACAUAAUAAAUUUAACUUUUGAGUUACCAAAGGAUUACCCUUUAAAAUCUUUUUUAAUAAUUAAUAUAAAUGUAAAAAAUUUCACACCUGAUAUGAAUAGUUAUAUUAAUCAAGAAAUUUAUAAAGAUAUUCAAAAUUACUUGGACCAAGAGAGUAGUAUUUUAAAUAUUAUAUAUAAAGUCAACGAAUUAGUCGAAAAUAUACAAAAUAGGAAAGAGGCAGUAGUUGAGCAUAUUUCUUCUUUAUCAGAUGAACAGGAAAAUACAAGUGAUAUAAAAGAAGACGAAGGUAACGAAAAUUUUCAAAAUUAUCAAAACCAGAUAAUAGAUGACAAAUUACCAUUUCUAUACUAUCAUAAUAUGUCCUUUUCCAAUCAUAAAAAAAUAUUAGCCCGAAGGUUAUGCUAUUCACAUCAUAUACUUAAUUUAGUAAAAAGAUCAUGCAUAAUUAAGUGGGCAAAAGAAUUAAAAAUUGGAGGAUAUUCAAAAAUAGGUUAUCCCGGAAUUAUUAUUUGUGAAGGCCCCAAAGAUGAAGUAGAUUUCUACAUCAAUAGUUUAAAUAAAUUGAGAUGGAAACAUUUUGAUUGUAGAGGUAUGGAUGAUAUUGAAUUAAAUGAAUAUGAAAAUAUAGAAGAAGCACGAGUACUUCCAAAAACCAUGCGUGAAAUAGACCCAAAGGGUAUGAGCACACUGUCAGACAUAUGUACCCAAUGUGGCUUAAGGGACCUUUUCUUAACUAGCAUGAAAAUUUAUAACCCAAGUAGGAAGACCGCAACGAAUGAAAGAAACCAGAACGUACAAAACAGUAAUAAGGAGAGGAAAAAGAAGAAAAUGAAGUGA